AUGGGCGAGGGGGGAAAAAAGAACGAGGGGAGGAAAGAAAGGAAAGGAAACCCAGCCCCUCCGCCGAGCGCCGGCCGCACGACCAGCCUCGAAGGAGUCCUUCCUGCAGUCUGCACUUUGUUUUCUUUUCCUCCUUCUCCCGGCUCCGCGUUCCUUCGCACACUUGCAAGUUCUCGGAGCCCGACCCCUCCCGCCCCUCUCCACCCGCGCUGCGGGCGCGCAGGAGGAGGCGGCCCCGAGGGCUCCCGCGGCGGCGGCGGCGGCGGCUCGCGAAGUCCGGCCGGUCAGGCGGCGCCAACUCCGCUCAACUUCUGCCGGUCGGCGGGGGAACCGCGCGCGCCCCGCGCUUCCCUCCCGGGGGCUGAGCCGGCGAAGAAGAGAGCAAGAUCAAGGGGGCUACAGAACCAAAGUAGGCUUAGCAAGGUCAGGACAUUGUGCUGGUACUGGAGCUCCAGGCAGUUCAUGGUGCUCAGAGACCCCAAGCUUGGAGAUCCCACCAAUCUCCCCCAGAAACUGGAGGAUCAUUUAAUCCCCACAAGACAUCUCUACAAAAAAAGAGAAGAAGAAUACAGGGGUCUCCUUGGUUUUGUGAAAUGGGACUCUUACCUCUGGUCUCAGUUUGCUGUGGCAGAAGGAAGAAGACAGCUGUGCUCGGCCCCUUUGCAGCAGCGGCUUGCUGCUCUCCCUCCUCAUGGCUAUGCCAGCUCCCUCUGCAGCCCCUCUCACUGGGUGGAUCUUGAAGGCCAGGGAUCGAACUCGCGACUGCCUGCUUGCAAGGCCGGCGCUUAUGCCGCUGAGCUAAAUCCGCAGCCCCUAAUCUCCUCUUCUAAAAAGCUUUCACAAAAUGUGAUCUUUGAUUAACGCUGGUGGUUCACAUUCCAUCAAACUUUAAAUAUUCCAUGCUGAAAUGAGUAAUUGUGACUUUGAAGGAAGACUUCUGGCUGUCGCUAUCUUCCCAUAUUAGGCCUCCCAGACUGAACACAUUAGGGGAAAGAGACAGGCCAGACCAGGCCUUCAGUUGCUCAGCUUGGUAAAGGGUGAGGGUGACCAACAGUCCCUUUCCAUUCUAAGUGUGAGGAGCAUGUCUUGAGCCUUGCAUGGGCACCUGUGAACAUCGGGAAACCUUUCCACACACAGGCAUCCAGAAAAGUGUGCAAGCCACAGCUGAGAGUUCAGGCCAAGGUGAGGGGAGGCAUACACCACUUGGGCCAAUGCCUUGGCCCUAGGCUGCGUGGCCUGAUCAUGUAAGCCACAAGCAGGCUUUUCCGAAAGCCACAGCUGCCUCUCAAGCAUACAUCCAGAUCUGAAGAUGACAGCUACGGGCCAUUCCUCUGACACCAGUGACCAUGCUUUGUACCCUGUGACACCAGUACUCUGGCUACAGGUGUCUGGAUGUCACCUGGAGACUACACAGCAGAGCAUCCUGGGAGGAGGCUUUCCUGGGUGCAAGACUCUGGGACCUGAUCAUGCCCAAGUUUCUUAGAAAAAGAAACUUGACAGGGUGAACACAGAGCCAGCAAAGUCCUCUACUAAGCAACUGCUGGAAGCUGAGAAGAAAGGCACAGUCAUGGACUAUCUGUGUCACUGAACAGUGAGGUUAUCUAAGGCAGCUAAGGAAAGAGGAUGGCUCCCCCAUUCCCUCAUGUGCUCUUACAAUGAGAGCAUGAGUUCCCCAAGAAGACCGAAGUUUGUCACUAAGUCUUGAUACCUGAAAGGGUGGCUGAUUGCAAGAAACACGUGAAACUAUCAGUUCCACAAGAGGCUAUAGUGCCACUGAGUCACUGGAGCGAAGCAGAUGCCAAAAGCCCCAAUGGGGGGACAAGAGUAUGUGGGCACCCGGGCACCUCAGAACAACCACCACAGGCUGAUAUACAGAUGUGAGUGGAGUGGACAGGGACACAUGGCCAGAGUGUCAAAGCCCUGGCAUCUAGCAGAAAGUUGGAGGCUCUACCGGAGUGGUCAGAACAAGGCCUGGUGCAUCCUGAGUGAGCUUGAGGAGGCUGAGUUCUCCCUGACAGCAGAAAGGUGACUACAGAGGUAUGAGUCAUCUCCUAAUCAUGGCCCUUUACCCUGUGCUCUCUAGCUCUUGGCCCACACAUAUCAAUCCCGGCCCAACUUCAAAGUCCCUUGGCAUGUGGAAUAGAGUAUAUGGAAUCCCCCAAUGGAAUUGGGGGCCUCUGAGCUCAGAAACCACAUCCAGAGUCCCUCAGAGCAGUGGCCUCCAAGUGACCUGCUUGCUCUUGGCAAGGAUUGGGCCAGGAUUCUGUAUUUCCCACAAGCUCCCUCAGCUGCCAACUCUGAUACCCAGUCAGCCUUCAUGAUGCACUGCCCUUUGGGAUCUCCCACUGGACUCCACAGGUGACCACUGAGGCAUGAUCAGUUCCCAGGAAACAGCUGACCAUAUCAGGCUAUGAGAGGGUAAGGGGCAAGGGGAGAGAAGGAGUUAUGUUUCCCCUUCUCCUUUCAGUGGCUCCCUCUCUCCUGAAGACCUUUACUGUCAGAAGUUACCCUCCAGGAGCGAUGCCCUGGUUCAUAGCCUCUAGCUUCUGGCCAUAUGUGUUUCUGGGCAGGACCUUAUGCCAUCAAUUAUUCUGUUGUAUUUUAAAGACCCAUCCAAGGGUUUUAGCUCUUCUGCCCUAUCAGGUUGGUAACUCGGAACACUAGGUAUUAUUUUCUUCCCUUCUAAAGGUCAGCCAAAGCACCAUUCCAUCUCCUGAUUUUGCUGAGCAAUCCUCCAACUGGCUUUCCUUGGUGCCCUUCUUAGAGAUGUCAGUCAGUUCACCAGAUCUUUAGCUACUUCUCCAGUUACCUCCAGGAGAAUCAGAACCUCCUCAAAGCUACCAGCACUAUGGCUUUAGCUUUCCUCUGCCUUGAACAAUUCCCAAAAUUAACCAGCUCUACAAGCUUAGUCUUUACCACAUUGGAAGAUCUGACCCAGAAAAGCCAGCCUCCUGCUGUUACAGAACUCCUGGACAACUGACCCAGUUCCAGGACCCAGGAGUACUGGAGCACCAUAGAAGGCAGGACUGGGGCAGGACUUUCUUGGCAACAAGUUGCUCCCAGGCACAAAGCUACCCUCUGUCACCCUCAUAAGAUGCAUGGCCCUUAGUUAUCAGUGGACUAAGCAGAGCACUGGAAUUGAUCCAAAGAGGCUUUGUUCAACCUCUAUACCUGGACAGGAGGUCCCAGCUGAGGGUAGUUUCUAAGGAAGACACCAGCAUAUAACUUUGAAGCUGUCUGGUAGGACAAAUGCAAGCAAAAUAUGGCUAGAAAGAAUUCUCAAGUUGCAUUUCAGACUUCCCUUUAACAAUUUGCUCUGCUCUCACAUGUGGCCAAAAAGCUGUCUUGUGAUGUGGAGUGGCAUCUAAGGGGAAAGGGCCUCAUUUUCUCAGUUCAGCUCAGCUGUCUCUAAGCCAAGCAGACCUGGCAUGUGCUUCCUGGAGAAAAUUGCAGGUCACUGGUUAGUGCUUCUCAUCGUCACUGUCAUUAAUAAUUUUGACUUGGUGUUCUGCUGCUUAUUUAUGUGGAGAAGUCACAUCUAUCUUUUUCUAUUCCCCGCUUGCCAGGCAGAGAAAAAUGGCCAGAGUUUUCUUCUGAAAAGCACAAGGCACAGUGGGUCAAAGCUAGGGAUCAAGGAAAUUAGUGACCUCAAGGUGACCCAAGGAAAGUAGUCACCUUGGAAAAGGCUUCCUUUAAGUGAAGCAACAUGCGUGUGGAAAGAAGAUUCCUUAGGUCAUCAUAAAUAGUAAUAUGACCUGCCUUGGUGGAAAAAUUCACCUAGUUCUCUUGACAAAUCAUCUCUAUAAGAGAUCUAAGUGAGGGUCACCGAGACGUAGUUAAAUACAGCUGGCAACCAAUUAGAAUAAUUGUAAGCAAGCAACUGGAAAAAAUAGAUUCCCAAAUGUUAGUCAGACGGAUAAACUUAUAAGCCAACAGUGAACUUGCCACCAAUAAUAAAACACGGUUCUUGCUGAGUUAACAACGACCUUUACGCAUGCAGUGGACUUGUGUUAGACACCACAUCGAGUACUUGAGAAUAACAGGGUAGAAAGAGCACUGGCCUGGGAAUCAGAAGACCUGGGUUUUCUGUUCUGCCAUACCCAGCUAUGUGGUCUGGGUGAGUAAUCCCCUCUCUCUGGGCUAACUAUACUGGUCUAAAAACUGAAGAGGUGAAACUUACAGGAGCUCAGCAUUCCCUUCCAGGCUGAGAGUUUGAAACCAUGACUAUUUCUGGGCAAUUCAUGAGCCAGUCACAUAAAUGAAGCUCUUCUUGUCUCAUGUCUGGCUCUUGCAGUGGAUUCAUUUCAUGAUCAAAGUACAACAUUGAGGUGGACCAGUGAUGUAUUCUGCAUACCCCUGGGACCUUGUGGAGGUCACUAUGGCCAAAACUAUUUUCAUAAUAAAACUUAAGAUGCUGCUUACCUUUGUCACUGGGUCAUCACCUGCACCAACAUCACAAAAGCAAUGGUGGGCACAGUUGUGAUGCCUUGGCACAAGUCAAGGCAGAAUUAACCUAGCCAUCACUGUAGCCUUCUCAGCUGGGUGCUCACGGAAGCAGGAGGAAGCUGGGUCUGAUUAGGAAUGACCUUGAUAAAGUAAUAAACAUUUUUAACUUUAUUAAAUUCUAACUCUUGAGCACACUUUUUACAAGAUUCUUUGUGAGAAUAAGAGAAGUACACAUAAGUCCCUUGAAUUUCUUAUCAAAGAGCAGCAGUUUUCUCAAGCAAAAGCUCUGUGCAACUGUUUGAAUGUCAGGCUGAUCUAGCAAAGCCGUUCUCUACAUGAAACAUUGUGAUUUUUACUUUAAAAAACAACUCACAGUCUCUGAUAGUGUAUACCCUGGUGUUUAGCAGUAGAUUUCUCAAAACACAAUGAGCAGGUCACUUCAAGGAAGAAGAAUGACAGUUUUUGGUUUUUUGGUUGUGGGGUUUUGGCGGGGGCUGUGAUAAAACCUGAACUUUCAAGAGUAAACUAGAAUUUUGGAAAAUUGGCAUCUGCUUUUCUGAUCUUGAUAGCUGCCUCGUACUUAAUUUUUUUCUAAUAAGAUUUUUAGUAUCUUUUAGUGAGAUGUGUCAAAAUUUAAGACCUACCUAAAUGUUUCCAGAUACCUAAAGUCUGGUGUUAGGAAGCCUUGCAUAGAUAAAGAGCCACUAAAAUUCAACAUAAACCAGUAUAUUUUAAAUGGCAUAGCAGAGUAGGAAAAGCUGAUUGAUAAUGUUUUUAUAUUUUCACAUUGCAACUGACCUUUAAGACAUCACCAGUGGCCAAGUUUGGUGUAGUAUCAAAAAGGAACAAUUGCAACUAUCUAAAAAGAUUACAAAAUUCUUUUCUUAACUCUGUACAGUAUAUGUAUAAGGCUGGGAUUCCCUCAUAUGCUUUAAUCAAAGUAACAAAUUGCAAGAGACUGAGUGUAGAAGCAGACAUAAGAAUCUCCAUGUCUUCUAUUAAUGGAGACAUUAAAAAGAUUUGCCAAAUAAUCAAAUAGUAGUUCUCACUGGCAGUGAUACUCUUUCCUCCCUCCCCUUGCACAGGGGACCUUGGGCAACUGUUUGACUGACAGCAUAGUGGUGGCCAGAGAUGCUGUGGGACAUUUACAGUGUGCAGAGUGGGGGGACACUGCAGAAGAGGAGCUAGUCUUGGACUUCAGAGUGCCAAGGGUAGGAAGCAUGAUAUAACUCCACUCUGCACUAAAUUUUUUAUUUCAGAAACUUUUAUGUGAGCAUAUCGUGGGUUUAUUGUCAAUCUUUAAAUAAAUGUCAUUUUUAUAACUUCA